AUGCCCCUCAACAACUAUGCCUCCGACUUCUCCGCCACGCUGGGUGGCCUCACCCUCGAUGGGUUUAUCUCCAGCCAUGGCGUUGUCAACCUGCUCAACAUCCCAUACGCAGCUAUCCCAGCCCGGUUCCAGACAGCCUCCAUGCUUAACCCCGCUACCACAGAGGGCCGACUAGAUGCCCGCCAUUACGGCCCGCUAUGCCCCCAGCCCGCGGACCCGACCUUGCGUUUGUUUAGCCACAUAUAUGAGCAGCAGAGCCUGUCCAAUCCGAAAGAUGAAGUCGACUGUCUUCACUUGAAUAUAUACGCACCUCCUAGCGUGUUCUCCCAGAAUGCUAAGAAGCUUCCGGUGCUGGUCUGGAUCCAUGGAGGAGCGUUCAACACGGGGAGCAAUGCGACAGAGUACGACGGGAACCAUCUUGUCAAGCGAUCGAUAGAGUUGGGCAAGCCUGUCAUCAUCGUAACCAUCAACUAUCGCAUCCAUUUCCUGGGCUUCUUAUCCUCGCAGGAACUCAUCGCGGAGGCAAGUGAUGCCGGGGAAGUACCAAUCCUCAACCAAGGACUGAACGACCAAAAAAUUGCUCUGCAAUGGAUCCAGAAGAACAUCAGCCAUCUAGGCGGAGACGCUUCGCAGGUCACAGUAGCGGGGGAGUCCGCCGGCGCAGCCUCUAUAUUCUACCUGCUCAAACACGGCGUACCUCUGUUCUCGAAAGCGAUCUUCUGCUCCUGUCCUAAACCAAUGUUCCGGAAACUUUCUGAAACCCAGCAGAUCUUCGAUUCUCUCGUCCAAGGCAUCGGAAUCGACGCGGACGCGCCCUAUCAGGUCAAACUACAAGCCCUCCGAGCCCACAACCCCGAGGACCUGAUCGCACUCCACCCAAGUCCCGUCGUAUCCUACCCUAUCGAAGAUCCGAACUGGUUCGCCGACUGGGAUCCGCAGCAGAUAUCCUCCCCGGACUACUGGGCCAAUCUGCCCGUCUGGUGCCCCGAGAUAAUCAUCGGCCACCUCAAAGACGAAGCCGCCCUGUUCCUCUCCCCUGCCUACCCCUCUGACCUCACAGAGGAAGAAGCCAAAACCCAUGUCCAAACCAUCCUUUCCCACCCACGCCCCGCAGAAAUAGCCUUAUCCGCCAUACGUCCCAGCCCCGAUAUUUCACCCCUCCACUCUCUCCUUUCCAUCGCCACGCACGCAUUAUUCACCGCGCCCGAUCUCGAAUUCUGCACCCGCAACGCCACAAAACCCCAUCGCAAGGUCUACCUAUACUCAAUCGACAUUCCGGACCCCUACCCCGGAACAGAUUUCGAAGGAAACAGCCCUGGCCCGCUAGGCGGAUACGCGUGGCACUCGUUCGGCAACGGCAUAUUUUUCUACCAACCACCUGCUCGUGUGGAUCCGGAAAUCAGCGCCACGGCAGAUAGAAUGAGCGACGCCUACACUAGCUUUAUAUAUGGUGAUAAGGGCCCCGCGUGGGAGGCGUUCGGGGAGAAAGGGCGCAUGAUGAGCUGGAAUGGGAGUUCAACGGGUCUUGUUGAUGUGGGUUUGGGAUGGAAGGAUCUCGUCCGGGAGAAACUGGUCGCGGAAGGAGUGCAGCACUGGGUUGAUGUGUAUGAGCGAGAUGGGUGGUUGACGGUUAUUCCGCAGCCGGCUUUGUGUCGUGCGGUGCGGACUGCGUGA